AUGUUCCCAGACCUCCCAGAACACCUCCAGGCCCUCAACGCCCUCCCCGGCAACUCCCCUCCCUCUGCUGCCAUCAAUGCAGAGCAGGAAGAGGCCUUCUGGGGCUUCCUCCACGCCGACGAGCUCUUCCGCAACUUUGGCAGCGCCCCCUCGCCCAGUGAGAACCACGACGACGAAAAGCGCAAGCAGCAGCUCCAGGCCCCUGCCCCGGCACCCACCCCAGCCACCGUCGCCACCCCUGCCUCCUCGACCAAGGAGGAGCAGAGGCCCACCCUCGAGUCCUUCCUCGCUGCCUACAUGGGCCACUCCUCGGGCAGCGCCAGCCAGCAGGCGACCACCGCCCAGACCAUCAGCAACUAUCUCAUGCCCCUCCCUGCCCCCUAUGCCGCCCCCGCCCAGACUCUCUCACAAACACCGGCUGCCGUCACUACCCAGGACGUGAUGCCGUCUGUCAGCAGCGGCCGUUCCGCGAGUGUCAGCCUGUAUGAUGAGGACGACGACAAGCCCUCCGGCGCUAAAAAGCUAAAGUCUCUCGGUGCCAACCAGGUCGAGAUUGAAGAAGACAAGCGACGACGAAACACCGAGGCGUCUGCCCGGUUCCGAGCCAAGAAGAAGGAGAGGGAGCAGGCCCUUGAGCGUCGAGCCAAGGAACUCGAGGACCAGGUCUCUGCCCUUGCCGCUGAAAACACCUCGCUCGAAAACGAAAACAGAUUACUCAAGGCCAUCGUCCUUAACGGCUCCAACCCCGCCGCCGCCGCCCUCGCGACUGCCGGCACUGGUUCCCAGGACGUGUCGGCGAACGAGUCGCUCCAGGCUGCUCUGGCCGCGCUGGGCAAGAGAAAGAGGGACGAAUAG